GGAAGCUGUUGCUCUCUGUCUUUCUUCAGGAUAUCAGGGGUUGAGCUUCCUGGGUCAGUAGCAUCUGCUGCUGCCUCCAUUGUGAGCCGGGAGCCCGGGCUGAGCCGCUGCUGCUCUCCAGCGCGGUGUGGGGAGAGACCUGCAUUAAUCCCCCCCUCUGCCCAGCCGGGGGGACUUUCUGCCCCUGGCAGCCCCGGGCUCUGCCGACACCAGCCCCAGAGCCGGAGCCUGCAGAUCUCUCUGAUGGAGCCAGGGGAGGAGCCGGGCCCCUUGGAUGCAGAGGAAGGGGAGAUCAUGAGAGGUGCCUGCACAGAGGAUGGGAUGGUGAAGAUAAAGGAGGAGAAUUGUCUGGAGGAAGCAGCAUCACAUGGGAGUUUAUUGGGAAUGUUGGCAGGGAAAGUUUCCUCAAGUCCUGAUCAGGUGACGGCAUGUGACUCUCAAUGCAUAUCAGACAGUCAGGGAAAAAAUCCUGGAGAGACAUCACAGAGUAAAGCCACUUCCACUGGCAGAGCUCUCAGGAAAACUAAAAAUAACAAAGCCUAUCACAGAAUUAACACUGCAGAGAAACCCUAUAACUGCCCUGAGUGUGACCAAAGCUUCAAUGUGAGCUCAGACCUUGCUGUGCAUCAGACAAUCCACACUGAUGAGAGACCCUAUAAAUGCAUGGAGUGUGGGGAAAUCUUCAAUCAGAAAUCAAUCCUUGUUACUCACCAGAGAAUCCACACUGGAGAGAAGCCCUAUAAGUGCCCCGACUGCGGGAAAAGCUUCCGUCAGAACUCAACACUUAGGACACAUGAAAAAAUCCACAGGGCAGAGAAACCCUAUGAGUGCCUACAAUGUGGGAAAAGCUUCCGAGUGCGCUCCUACCUUCUUAUGCACGAGAGGACCCACACUGUAGAUAAACCCUUCAAAUGCUCCGACUGUGGGAAAAGCUUCUGUGCAAGCUCUGACCUUAUGAAACAUCAGAGAACCCACACAGGAGAGAGACCCUAUAAAUGCCCCGACUGUGGGAAAAGCUUCAGUGAUUGCUCAGCCUUUAUAAAACACAAGAAAAUCCAUGUGGCAGAGAAGCCCUAUAACUGUACUGACUGUGGGAAAAGCUUCCGUGUGAUUUCAGCCCUUACUGUACAUCAGGCAAUCCACUCGGGAGAGAGACCCUACAAGUGCCCUGACUGUGGGAAAAGCUUCAUCCUGCGCUCAUGCCUUGUUCGACAUCAGAGAAUCCACACUGGUGCUAAACCUUAUAAAUGCCCCGACUGCGGGAAAAGCUUCCGUCUGAGCUCAACCCUUUGUACUCAUCGGAAAAUCCAUACAGCAGAGAAACCCUAUGAGUGCCUCAAAUGUGGGAAAAGAUUCCGAGUGAGCUCCUACCUUCUUACGCAUGAGAGGAUACACACUGUAGAUAAACCUUAUAAAUGCCCCGAGUGUGGGAAAAGCUUCAAUGCAAGGUCCUACCUUAUCAAACAUCAAAGAAUCCACACGGGAGAGAGACCCUUUAAAUGCCUUGAGUGCGGGAAAAGCUUCAAUCGCAGAUCAACUCUUAUCACGCAUCAGAGAAUCCACACUGGAGAGAAGCCCUAUAAAUGUCCCGACUGUGGGAAAAGCUUCAGUGUGAACUCAGACCUCAUUGUACAUCAGAGACUCCACUCGGGAGAAAGACCCUAUAAAUGCCUUGACUGUGGGAAAACUUUCCGUCUGAGCUCACACCUUACUAGACAUCAGAGAAGCCACACUGGUGAGCGACCAUAUGAAUGCCUGGUCUGUGGGGAAAACUUCAGUGACUGCUCAGGACUUAUUAAACAUAAAAGAAACCACACAGGAGAAGAACCUUAUAAAUGCCCUGAGUGUGGGAAAUCCUUUAGUGUGAAUUCAGCCCUUAUUGUACAUCAAAGAACCCACACAGGAGAGAGACCCUAUAAAUGCCUUGUCUGUGGGAAAAGUUUCAGUGACCGCUCAGGCCUCAUUAAACACAGGAGAAUCCAUACAGAAGAGAAACCUUAUAAAUGCCCAGAAUGUGGGAAAAGCUUCAGUGACAGUUCAAGUCUUAUUAAACAUAAGAUAAUCCACACAGGAGAGAAAAUCUAUAAAUGCCCUGAAUGUGGGAAAAGCUUUAGUCACAGCUCAGCCCUUUUGAAACACCAAAGAAUCCAUACAGGAGAGAGACCCUUUAAAUGCCUCGAAUGUGAGAAAAGAUUCACUGACAGCUCAGCCCUUAGGAGACACCGGCGAAUCCACUCAGAAGACAGGCCCUAUAAAUGCCCCGACUGUGGGGAACGAUUCAGUGUGACCUCAGGCCUUGUUAGACACCAGAAAAUCCACAUUGAGGAGAGACCUUUUAAAUGUAGUGAGUGCGGGAAAAGCUUCCAGUCAAACUCACUUCUUAAAACACAUCAGAGGAUCCAUACGGGAGAAAAACCCUAUAAAUGCCCUGAGUGUGGGAAAAGCUUCCGUCAGAGCUCCCACCUUAUAAGGCAUCAGAAAAUACACAUGGAAUAGGUGUUCACAAUGUUUUUCAUUGUUGCUUUUGUUAUGGUGUUUCUAACGGUUCUGCUACACUCAGUCAAAUGGGGAUGAUGGGGUCUACGCUUGGCUGGGUUUUACAGGGUACCCGUUAUGGAUUUAAAGGGUCCAUGCCAUGCCCUGGCCACAAAGGCAGCCCCCCCGGCCUCAACACCUCCGAGACUGAGCCUUUGGACUCCAGCACUCCUGUUACUCAUGUUGAGCUCUGCACAGUGAAUCCAUCUGAGGUAGACUCCUGGUCUGAGACUUCUCCCGCCACACACCUCUCAGUGGUCAAUGCACUUCAGGUGGUGUUGGUAGCAACACCAGGCAGGUGUUUUCCAAACAGGAUAGGUUUAAAUAAUCAACUGGGAUACAGUAUCAGGAAGUCCUUAGGUUAACUUAGGCCAUACCUACACUGCCACGUAUGUCGGCAAAACUUACAUAGUUCAGAGAUGUGAAAAAAACACAGCCCUGAGCAACAUAAAUUUCACCAACAUAAGUGUUAGUGUGCACAGUGCUAUGUCAGUAGGAGAAGCUGUUGUUGGGGUGGUUUAAUUAUGUUGAUGGGUGAGAGCUCUCCUGUCGGCAUAGGGCGGUUACCCGAGAGAUCUUAUAAUGGUGCUGCUGCAUCGGUACAGAUGUGCUGCUGUAAGGUCUCUAGUGUAGACAUAGACUUAGAGAAGCAAAGGUUAAAACCCAGUUCAUACUGGUCAAAGCCAGGGCUUCACAAAGCCAUGCUGUUGUAGGAUCCAUCUUCUCUCUCUGUCCUUCUAUCUCUCAGUCCUGAAUGAGAACUCCUAUGUGUCUGUGAACCUUCUUCUUAAACAAUGAUCCCUGACACCUCUUGUCUCUGUUCUCCAGAAAAAGCCAUGCUGUAUUCACACAUUCAGCCUGCUUGAACCACCUAUUGUUAAGGGUUAAUGUCUGUCAUUGUCUCUUCUGGAUCUUCCAUUGGUAUGUUGUGGUUCUAGCCAGCUUCUGAGGGUGCAUUCACGCCACCACAGAGAGAUCAAACUUCAUAUGUCUCCUUCCCUGUUCCAGGAGAAGCAUUUUAUUCUCUCUGCGUCCAAUGAGUAACAAUGCAAAGACAAAUGGCCAACUGAGACACAUAUUGUUAAUAGAAUCAUAGAAUAUCAGGGUUGGAAGGGACCUCAGGAGGUCAUCUAGUCCAACCACCUGCUCAAAACUGGACCAAGCCCCAACUAAAUCAUCCCAGCCAGGGCUUUGUCAAGCCUGACCUUAAAAACCUCUAAGGAAGGAGAUUCAUAAAAAUAUUGCAGAAAAUUCCCACAUUAAUUACAGAUGGGCGCUGGGGCAUUGAGAGAUUGGUGAUCUGGGAGGCAAAAUGGAGAAUGCUGGGGAAUGGAAUAUUUGGAAGUUGGGUUGUUGCGGGAUGGGCACAGCCAAUAGGUGAGGGAGGUUGGGUGCUGGUGGGUACUUGGAGACUGAGGGUAUGUCUACACUACGAAAUUAGGUCGAAUUUAUAGAAGCC